AUGUCACAAAUUGAAGUCCUUUGGGUUAUUACGUUCCUUUUUAAGAAAGAACAGCUUAAACUAUCUGAACGUGGCGUCAUAGAUCUCAUAUAUGAUGACACUAGUCCGGACGAUGACUCGAGUAACGACGAGUCGCUGUCAGCUGAUCCACUUGAUUUCGCCGCUGUGCUUUCGGCUUUCAUCGCAAAUAGUAAUCCGCUGAUGAACAACAACACUAUAAAUGGCCACACGGUGUGCAGAGUGGAGGUCUGUAACACUGCUAGACAACGGCAUGUGUUCAUGGUGCACGUGAGAAAGGAGGAUAUGUAUCAAUGUCCUGAAUGUGACUACUUGAAUUCUAAUUCGGUGUGGGAAGCGAAGAAACACUGCACCAGUCAGCAUGGGCGAGGUGUUGAACCAAUCAGUAACGAGGAGAAGCAUAAGGCGCUCAUACUGAUGUGGAACAAGCGAUGUUUCCCGGAUUGGAAGCAAAAGCGGCCCCAAUGGUGGUCUGCAGACGAGAAUUCUGUGACGGCACCAGCAGCGACAAAAACCACCGCAUUGAAGAACGGAAUGACCAAUUCGCAUUUUCUAAGAGACAUUAAGGAUUUUAAGAUCGAAAGCGAUGACGUAACCGCCAUGAUUCGGGAGGCGAUCCUUCGUCGGGAACCAAGGGACUCGAUAAUCCGUGAUGAAGAUCGAGAUGACUCAGAGCCACGAACACCAGCUCCUGAAGGGUUGCACGUAGAUGACAGAACGUGCCACCUAUGUUGGGAAGAAAGCCGUUUCCCUAAGAAAUCCUUGCUACUACAGGUACAUCCUGAUUAUCCGGACGCGCAACCGCUCAGUAAUCUGGAACGAUAUGCGGAUGAGAUACGAGAUCUACAAAAUCGGUGUUUUCCUAACCGUCCAAUGAAGCUUGUUCGGCCAAAAGAAAGCACACGUCCGAGGGAGCGGCACAAUUGCAAGAUUUGUGGCACGCAGGUUGCUCAAUCAGACCGUCAGCGUCAUGUUUAUCACAGGCAUCUGCAACGAACACGUAUAUUCGAGUGUCCGUUGUGUAGUUUUGCGUCAAAUUAUGAUGUACAUAGAGUCAAAUGGCAUAUAAAGUGGAUGCAUAAAGAUGACAAGGAACUGGAACCGAUCUCCCACGAGAAUGAAUACAGGCAAGAUUUAUCUCUUUUUGUUAUUCAUGACCAAACAGUUACUUCGAAAGAAAUCGAUCAAUUGAAUGAGGACUGCUUCCCAGGCUGGCAGCAUCGGCGGAAGCCAUUUUGGUGGUUGGAUAAUGACGACAAGAGAUCAGAGAUAAAACGAGAGGAACUGGAGGCUGAACUCGAUACUGUUGAGAACACCUCAGAUUCGAUGAAGGAGAGCACACCAAGUUCGACUAGUAACGACCUGGAUGAAUCGAUCUAUGAUGACUCUCCUGACCAACAGAGUAAGGACCACAUUGGUCAACCAAUGAAGCGGGUCAGUGAAUGGACUUGUCGGCUGUGCUUGAAGGAAUUCAAGCCAACGUCAAAUUUCCUGCGACAUGUUGCUAAAGACCACCUUGAUAUGCCGUUAUUCCAGUGCGUAAUGUGCAAUUGGGGUGCUGCCGAUGCAUACGAAGUAAAAGCACACAUGGUCAAGGUGCACAAUAACGCCGAGCUCGAUCCAAUAUCAAAUCUUGAGCUUAAUCCAGAUCGCGUUCAACAGCGAUUUACAGAAUGCUUUCCAUCGCGAAAAAUGAAGCCGGGUACUUUUGACAAAAAGAAAGAUUCGACAACGGUGAACGACGAAACCAAGGUGACAUGUCAGGAGUGUUUUCAGGAAAUGAAGACUGAAGAUCGUCAGAUUCAUGUCUAUCGACACCACUUGAAAGAGCCACGACUAUAUGAAUGCCCUCUGUGCGACUUCUCUCAUCAUGCAUGCUCGAGCGAUGUUAGGACGCAUAUCAAGUUUACUCAUCGCGAUAACAGCGAUGUGAUGCCACGUGCGAAUCUGCUGCAGUAUUCUCAGCAAAUUGCUGAGUGGAACGAUCGUUGUUUUCCUGGAUGGAUCAACCGUAAAUUGCCGGCCAGUGUUAUGGAAGACUUUAAUCGUUGUCGUCUUUGUGACGAGGACGUCCGUCAAACCUCACGACAUAUUGCCGAGGUACAUCUUAUGAUCCAACUGCAUCAGUGCCCACUGUGCGAGUAUGGUGCACCUGAAUCACGACUGGUAAAACGGCAUCUCCGAAAUAAUCACGACGAGUUGGUUCUAUGUCUUCUAUCGCAAUUUGAAACAGAGCUUCGUGAACGAGGACAGCAGUGCUUUCCAGACUGGAUCAUAGAGUCCAGUUCUUUCGAGUAG